AUGCAUUUCGUCCUCUUCCUCCUGGUGACUUCUGCCGUCGCUGCUAGAACAACCACUGUCGAACCCACUACCGCACCGGCUGCCUGUACGGCAUUCCCCUCGUCAGUUAGGGAAUUCUCGUCCCAGUUCCAGCAGCCGGAGCCUCCCUUAGUAAAGAAUCAAUUCAAGACCAGCUUCAUUCAGCACAAAUGGAACCAGAAUCUCUCCCACAUUAUUGCGGGCUACCUGUACAAUUCUCCCUCGCAGAAACUCGUCCGUGGGGAUGAGGCAUUUGAUGGUGGUCUCGCAACAUCGAUCUUCAAUUACACCAAUGUGACCGAUACGGGCAUGGUCGACAACACCAUGACAACGUUCAGCAACGCUUCCGCCGCGCCGGAGGUGUGGAGAGGAUAUGUCGACUCCAAUUAUCCAUUGUUUGGGGAAGACUUCUUGAUUCAGAACGAGGCAGUCUUCGGUGGCCUUGUUCGCAGAGAUUUCAUUGAUGGAUAUGUCGCUUCCUGGGACUUGAUGUAUCAAGGCACCGUUCCCGUCACGGUGUAUGUAGAUUCGUGCAAUGUCAUUGUCGGAUACGAUUAUUUCGCUCCAGGACUGCGAACCAGGGUGAUUACGAUGUUCUUCGACAUCUACAUUGGGCCUGUCACGAUCUAG